AUGGGGUUUGGUCAGGGGAUACGGGUGUCCGUAUGGGCCUUUAUGUUAGGUGUCUGCUGUGCCCAAAAACAAGCAUUUAUUACUAAUACUCCAUCUGGAACAGUGAACUUCAUCCCGCCAUUGACAACAAGCCCAGUAAUAACAUCCUUCAACCCUGCUCACAAUGGCCGCGUAUGCAGUACGUGGGGCAAUUUCCACUUCAAGACUUUUGAUGGGGACAUCUUUUACUUCCCUGGGCUCUGCAAUUACGUCUUUGCAUCCCACUGCAAUGCUGCCUAUGAGGAUUUCAACAUCCAAAUCAGGCGCACUGUGGUGGAAAAUGCUCCUACUAUCAACCAUAUCACCAUGAAGCUCGAUGGGGUGGUUUUUGAAAUGGCAAAGAACUUUGUUGUUGUCAAUGGCAACAGGGUUCAGCUGCCUUACAGCCAGUCUGGAAUCAUGGUUGGGAGAAGCAGCAUGUAUAUAAAAGUGACUGCCAAAAUGGGCCUGGUUUUCAUGUGGAAUGAAGAUGACAGCAUCCUGGUAAGAAUAAAUUCUAGAUCCAUGGCAUAUGCAAAUCAAGAUGACAUCUGCCGUAAAGUAUUGACUGGCCCUGCAUUUUCAGAAUGUAAUGCACUAGUUGAGGUUAGCGAGUACAUUAAGUCUUGUGAACAAGACUUGUGCCGCUGUGACCAGUCUAAGAAUGCCUUCUGUAUUUGUAACACCUUUGGUGAAUACUCCCGGCAGUGCGCCCAUGCCGGUGGACAACCUCUGAACUGGAGAACCCCACAACUGUGUCCCAAGAAGUGUCCUUUCAACAUGCAGUACCAGGAAUGUGGAUCCCCCUGCACUGACACCUGCACCAACCCUGAAAGAUCUCCUGUCUGUGACCAUCACAGUAUGGAUGGCUGCUUCUGUCCCCCAGGAACUGUGCUUGAUGACAUUAACAAUGCUGGCUGCAUCCCCCUUUGGAAGUGCUCCUGUACUUACAAUGGCAACUCUUACGCUCCAGGGACAUCUUUUCAUGCCCAUUGCCAUUCCUGUACCUGCAAUGGAGGCCAGUGGAUUUGCACAGACAUUCCAUGCCCUGGAUCUUGUACAGUAGAGGGAGGUUCACACAUCUCCACAUAUGAUGAAAAACGUUACAAUGUCCAUGGAGACUGCACUUAUGUUUUGUCUAAGCACUGUAAAGAUGACACAUUCGCUGUUCUGGGAGAACUCCGCCCAUGUGGCUUGACAGACACUGAGACAUGCUUAAAGAAAAUAGUCCUCAGCAUUAAUGGAGGACAAACUAUCAUUGUGUUCAAGCCUGGAGGUGGUGUGUUUGUGAAUUGGAUCUACACUCAGUUGCCCUUCUCAGCAGCUAAUGUCACCAUUUUCAGACCCUCAUCCUUCUUCAUCAUGGUGGAAACAAACUUUGGACUUCAACUGGAGAUCCAACUUGUACCCAUCAUGCAAGCGUUUGUGCGACUGGAUCCAUCUUUCAAAGGGCAGACUUGCGGUCUCUGUGGAAACUUCAACAGUAUUCAGACUGAUGACUUCAAAGCCAUAAGUGGUGUAGUGGAAGGAACAACAGCUGCAUUUGUUAAUACCUGGAAAACACAAGCUUCAUGCCCUAACAUCGAAAACAACUUUGAGAAUCCUUGUGCCCUCAGCGUAGAAAAUGAAAAGUAUGCUCAGCACUGGUGCGGAUUGCUGACGGACAGCACAGGACCUUUUGCCAAUUGCCACUUAACAGUGGAUCCAGCUGUUUACCACACGAACUGUCUGUUUGACACCUGUAAUUGUGAAAAGAGUGAGGACUGCAUGUGUGCUGCCCUCUCUUCCUAUGUGAGAGCCUGUGCUGCCAAAGGAGUCCAGCUGGAGGGAUGGAGGACUGAUGUCUGUUCCAAAUACACAACCUCGUGUCCCAAAUCCUUGAGCUACAGCUAUAACAUCAGUUCCUGUCAACCCACUUGCCGGUCUCUGAGUGAGCCCGAUGUCACAUGUAACAUCAGGUUCAUUCCAGUUGAUGGUUGCACCUGUGAAAAAGGAACCUACAUGGAUGAAUAUGGCAAAUGUGUGUCUGCUAGUGAAUGUCCUUGUUAUUACAAAGGAUCUCCCAUUCUCUCUGGGGAAGUUGUUCAUGAAGAUGGUCUUGUAUGCACUUGUGCACGGGGUAAACUGAGCUGCAUUGGAGCUGUGAACCAAAGCCCAGUUUGUGCUCCUCCCAUGGUCUACUUUGACUGCAGCAAUGUCACUGCAGGCACCACUGGAGCCGAAUGCCAGAAGAGCUGCCAGACGCUUGACAUGCAGUGUUACAGCACACAGUGUAUGUCUGGCUGCAUGUGCCCCUCUGGGCUAGUGUCAAAUGGUAAAGGCAGCUGUGUUGCUGAAGAGGAAUGUCCAUGUAUUCACAACGAGGCUACCUACAAACCAGGGGAAGAGAUCAAAGUUGACUGCAACACCUGCGUGUGUAAGAACAGGAUGUGGAAAUGCACCAGUGAACAAUGCCUUGGUACAUGCGCUAUUUAUGGAGAUGGGCAUUACAUCACAUUUGAUGACAAACGGUUUAACUUCAAUGGAGAUUGUGAAUACACAUUAGUCCAGGACUACUGUGGGAAAAACAGCACAGUCAAUGGAACCUUUCGAGUUGUCACUGAAAACAUCCCCUGUGGCUCCACUGGGACUACCUGCUCUAAGUCUAUUAAAGUCUUCCUAGUGGGCUAUGAGCUGAUACUCAGUGAGGAACACCUUGAAGUGAUAGAAAGAGAAAAUGGAAGGCAAAUGCCAUACCAAGUCCGCUAUAUGGGCAUGUACUUAGUUAUUGAGACCAACAAUGGACUGAUCCUCAUGUGGGAUAAGAAAACCAGCAUCUUCAUGAAACUCAGCCCUGAUUUCAAGGGUCAGGUCUGUGGCCUGUGCGGGAACUACGAUGGCAAUGGCAUUAAUGACUUUACCACCAGAAGUCAGUCUGUGGUAGGAGAUGUGCUGGAGUUUGGAAACAGCUGGAAAGUGUCUCUUACUUGUCCUGAUGCCAACUCUACAAAGGACCCUUGCUCUACCAACCCUUAUAGGAAGUCCUGGUCACAGAGGCAGUGCAGCAUCAUCAACAGUGAAGUCUUUGCUGCAUGUCACUCUCAGGUUGAACCAACUAAAUAUUAUGAAGCAUGCGUGACUGAUGCUUGUGCUUGUGACAGUGGGGGAGACUGUGAAUGUUUCUGUACAGCAGUAGCUGCAUAUGCUCAAGCAUGUAGUGAAUUUGGUGUCUGUGUAGCCUGGAGAACUCCAUCAAUCUGUCCUCUGUUCUGUGAUUAUUACAACCCAGAAGGGAAAUGCGAGUGGCACUACAAGCCUUGUGGAGCCCCCUGCAUGAAGACCUGUAGGAAUCCAAGUGGAAGAUGCCUUCAUAAGUUACCAGGUUUAGAAGGCUGCUAUCCAAACUGUCCAGCAAACAAGCCAUAUUUCAAUGAGGAUGAGAUGACGUGUGUUGAUAACUGUGGCUGUUACGAUGCUAAAGGAAACUACCACAAACCAGGAGUGAGCUUCUACUCACAGGACAACUGUCAGUCAUGUACAUGCACAAUGGAAGGCUUAGAGUGCAAGUUUGAUGCUGAAGCAUGUUAUUGCUAUUAUGAAGAACACAAAUAUAAAUAUAAGGAUGUCAUUUAUAACACCACAGAUGGGAUUGGAGGGUGUUUGAGUGCAAUUUGUGACAUCAAUGGAACAAUAACCAGAAAAUUCUUUGAAUGCAGUGGAAUUACAACUACCAUCCCAUUCACAUUUAGUACAGUUCUACCUCCGAGUGCUGCAGGAACAACAACUACACCACCAGUUACAACAGUCUGUGUUCACAACGUAUGCCAAUGGUCAGAGUGGUACGAUGUCAGUUAUCCAAGAGACCCCAACUAUGGAGAUUUUGAAACAUUUGAAAAAAUAAGAGCUAAGGGAUUUAGUGUUUGCGAAACUCCAAGCGAUGUGGAAUGCAGAGCAGAAAGAUACACUGACGUACCACUAAAAGACCUGAACCAAAAAGUGACAUGUAGCAAAGACUUUGGACUCAUAUGUUCCACUCUUCCUCCUUCGGGACAAACAACCACUGAAGGCACCACACUACUGUCUACGCAGCCAACAUCACAGGGAAGCACCACCACUCUUCUACCCCCAGUUUCCACUACAGUAUCAAUCACCUCCACUGCGUCUCCUCCAACUCCAGGCACAGCAACAGGCUCAGCUGGUACAGCACCACUGCAAACAGGCACAAUCCCACCUCCGACAGGCACGCGUCCACAACCUUCACCAGGCUCCACUCUUCCUUCUUCGGGACAAACAACCACUCAAGGCACCACACUACUCUCUACACAGCCAACAUCACAGGCAAGCACCACCACGCUUGUACCUCCAAUUUCCACUACCGUAUCAGUCUCCUCCACUGCUUCUCCUCCAACUCCAGGCAAAGCAACAGGCUUAGCUCCUACAGUACCACUGCAAACAGGCACAAUCCCACCUGUGACAGGCACACGUCCACAACCUUCACCAGGUUCCACCCUUCCUCCUUCGGGACGAACAACCACUGAAGGCACCACACUACUCUCUACGCAGCCCACACCACAGGGAAGCACCACCACGCUUGUACCCCCAGUUUCCACUACCGUAUCAGUCUCCUCCACUGCUUCUCCUCCAACUCCAAGUAUACCAACAGGCUCAGCUGGUACAGCAUCACUGCAAACAGGCACAAUCCCACCUGUUACAGGCACACGUGGAGAAAUGAGAACAGGUUCAGCCUCCACGGGCGAAGUUAUAUACAACAGAACAGAUAGCACUGGUUGUAGUUUUUAUGCACUUUGCAGUAAAAGAUGCGAAAUUGAACGACUCCAGGGGCCAUGUCCUACAACAACUCCUGUUUCAGUAAUCCCGUCAUCUACAAUACCAAGCUUAUCAACCCCAACAGCUAUAUCUUCUUCAGUGCCAGUAACUCCAGAAACUACUCCAAUAUCAGGUUGCCCUGAUGCUGACCCGCCAAGAAAGAUGAAUGAAUCCUGGAUGUUAAACAAUUGCACUAUGGCAACUUGUGAGGGAGACAACAGAAUUGUUCUAUUGCUUCCUCCAGCUGUAGAGAUGAUUACUUGUGCAAGUGGACUCCCACCAAUAAAAGUCUAUGAUGAGGAUGGCUGCAACUACCACUAUGAGUGUGACUGUGUUUGCAGCGGCUGGAGUAAUUCUGACUACUUGACUUUUGAUGGAACUCACUACACAUUCCAUGACAACUGCACAUAUGUGCUGAUGAAACAGAUUGUCCCCAAAUACAAUUUCAGAAUCCUUGUGGACAAUUACUUCUGUGAUGUGGCUGAUGGACUCUCCUGCCCUAGAUCUAUCAUUGUGAAUUACAACUCCAUGGAAAUAGUGCUAAUCAGUCAGAUACACCAAGGAGAGAAAAAUAAUAAGAUUCUUGUCAACAACGAGCCAAUCAGUGGAGGCUUCAGCAGAGAUGGCAUUUCAGUUGCCAAUGAUGGAACAUACAUGGUUGUUGAAAUCCCGGACAUCAAGUCUUACAUCUUCUUCAAUGGACUCACCUUCACAGUGAAAAUGCCAUUCAGCAUGUUUGGACACAACACUGAAGGCCAGUGUGGCACAUGUUCAAAUGACAAAGUGGACGAAUGCCGCAUGCCAAGUGGCGAAGUAAUUUCCUCUUGUUCAGAAAUGGCUGCCGCUUGGCAGGUUCAGAAUGAAAAUAAGCCCAAUUGUGAAAGGCCCCCGGUACCACCUGCCACGCCAACAACUCCACCUGUGCCCUGCAAUUCUACUUCUCCUCUUUGUGAGCUGAUUUUGAGCGAUCUCUUUGCAGAGUGUCAUAAGAUUCUGACGCCCAGCAUAUUCUAUGAGAGUUGCAUCGCUGAUUCAUGCCACAUUACCAAUGAAUCUAUACCAUGCUUCAGCUUGAAAACAUAUGCCUCCCUCUGCUCUGCUAAAGGUGUCUGUGCCGACUGGAGAAGCAAGACCCAAGGACAAUGCCCAUACAACUGUCCUAACGGCAAGGUGUAUGAUGCAUGUGGCCCUCUUAAUCCUGUCGCCUGUCAUUCCGGAACUGUUAACCAUACAAGUGAACAUGUUGCUGAAGGAUGCUUCUGCCCCAAGGAUAAGAUUCUCUUCAAUUCAUACACUGACAUCUGUGUGUCAGAAUGCGGAUGCAAUACAAGCGCCUGCUCCCAGACCAAGAAGACUUGUGAGCCAGGGUAUCAGCUAGCCACAAUCCUUUCAGAAGGAGGCUGCUGUGUCAAUUAUACAUGUGAACCAAUACCAGAUGUCUGUGUGCUUAAUGGAACUAUUUACCAGCCUGGAAUGUCUGUUCCAAUGGACUCUUGUAAGACGUGUAUCUGCAGUUCUGAAGUAGAUCCAGUCUCCAACAGAAACCUUCUGCAAUGUGAGGUGGUCCGCUGUGACACCACUUGCCCCCUGGGUUAUGAAUACAUGAUGAAAGAUGGAGAGUGCUGCGGAGAGUGUGUCCAGGUGGCUUGCACAAUCAAGCUGACUAACAACACUGUCCAGGUGCUCAAGCCGGGUGAUAUCUGGAAGCCUGAAGAUAAUCCAUGCAGCUAUUACAAAUGUGAAAAAAUUGAAGAUCAGCUUGUUUCAGUCACUGUUCUGAGAACAUGUCCUGCCUUUGAUCCAGAGGACUGCAAGCCUAAUGAAGUACAGCUGACUCCUGAUGGCUGCUGCAAAACCUGUACCUCUGGAUUAACAAGAUGCAAAGUUUACAAGAACUCAACUGUGAUCCGCCACAAUGAAUGUGAAUCUUCUGAGCCUAUUGAACUGACGUACUGUGAGGGUGUUUGUGCCAGCUCCUCAGUGUAUUCCUUUGAAACACAGCAGAUGCAACACAAGUGUACCUGCUGCCAGGAACUCAAGAGCCACAAGAGAGAGGUGACGCUGACAUGCAGCAAUGGAACAAGCAUGAAUUAUGACUAUGUCUAUGUGGAAGAGUGCCAAUGCAUGACUGAGUGCAUUCCAGAAACCACAACCACACAACAGUUCCAAAAGGAAGAAGAGCAGAAAAAAACAAGAUGA